ACCCCCGCAUACGGCGCGCGCAUUAACCGCUCAGAGCGAUUCCGUUCUUCAAGCAAAACCAAACCAAAACAUUGAGAGGUUGGAGUUCGGCAGAGUUAGGCGCUGCUUGUUUUUUUAUUUUGCAACGGACGAAACUUCGGAACCGAAAACGCGCUCCAAUUGUUAUCGCAUCGAAGCGAGGAUCCAAGAUAGACACCAUGAUGCAACCGAUUUGGUUGCUGCUUCUGCUCAUCGGCUUGUUCCACCUCUCCCAUCAAGCCACCAAUACGUGGGUGUGGAGAUGUAACCAAGAAGUCUGCGUUAGACAACACUCAAACAAGAAUUCCAUUCAGACAAAUGUGUUUCGAUCAAUUGAGGAAUGUCGCUUGGUGUGCGGAGCAGAUGGAUCAAUUUGGCCUCUGCCAUCAGUAAAAUUCAACAAAUCAAGCAAACUUUUAGAUAUUAAUCCAAAUGAAAUAACUUUCGAACUGGUUGGAAGCGAUCCUGUUAAAGAAAUCUUGGAGGAAAAUGUAAAGAUCUUUAAGAAAAAUAUACUCUCAGAGUGUCGUGGCGCUUGCGGCUCGGAUGGUGAAGCUCUGAACAUCAAAGUCAUCGUUAAUUCGACAGAUGUGAGCCUCAAUUGGGAAACGGAUGAAAGCUACGAACUUAAAUCCAACAAUCUAUUCUGGAAGAUCAAUGCCGCAACUGUAUUUGGAGCCAGGCACGGCUUGGAAUCACUAUCGCAACUCAUAGCCGCAUACAAUGCUCAAGAUAAGAUCGGCUUGGUCACUGUAGCUAACGUGCACAUUGUAGACAAGCCUUUCUAUAAGCACAGAUCGCUAAUGAUCGAUACGGGCAGGAAUUUCUUGACUGUUGAAACCAUUAAGAGGCAAAUCGAUGCUAUGGCCUCUUCGAAACUUAACAUCCUGCAUUGGCACAUAACAGACUCGCAAAGUUUUCCGUACGUCUCUGUUAGAGUUCCAAAUUUAUCCAGAUUCGGUUCGUUUUCCGAAAAUCAAGUUUAUAACCCGCAAGACAUUAAAGAAUUGAGAGAUUAUGCGAAGAUCCGAGGUAUCCGAAUUUUGAUGGAAAUCGAUGCUCCUUCGCAUGCCGGAAACGGAUGGCAAUGGGGGCCCCAUAAAGCGUUGGGUAACUUAAGCGUUUGCGUAAAUAAGCAACCAUGGAGAUAUAACUGCAUACAACCACCGUGCGGACAAUUAAAUCCCGCGAACAUCCAGGUUUACAAUGUCUUAAACGCUUUGUACAAGGACAUAGUGGAACAAUUCCCGGAAAGCGAGUUCUUCCACAUGGGCGGGGAUGAGGUAUACUUCCCCUGUUGGAAUUCGACCCCAGAGAUUGUCAAUUACAUGAAGCAGCAGGGCAAGGGUCAAAAUAAAGGUGACUUAUUGGAUUUGUGGGGCGAGUUUCAGGAAAACGCUUUAGCCGCUUACGACAGCGCCGUUGGUAAUUCGGACACGAAGAUUCUGCUUUGGUCCAGCGAAUUGACCAAUCCUGAAGCUAUCGAGAAAUACUUAGAUAAAAAUAGGUAUAUCAUAGAAACCUGGGUCCCGUCUUACGAUCCAUUACCACAAAGUUUACUUGAAAAAGGUUACAAGUUGGUAAUCUCGACGAAAAACGCUUGGUAUUUGGAUCAUGGGUUCUGGGGUAACACAAAGUAUUACACGUGGAGGAACGUUUACGAAAAUCGUUUGAUCAACCAUAGAAACGUGAUAGGAGGAGAGGUAUGCAUGUGGGGAGAAUUGGUGAAUGGAGAUGCGAUCGACUCAAGAGUUUGGCCAAGGGCGGCAGCAGCCGCCGAAAGAUUGUGGUCGAAUUCUUAUGCAACAACGAAGCAAGUUGAGGCUAGGAUGUACAGGCACAGAGAGAGAUUGAUUAGCCGAGGAAUAGCCGCCGAAGCUCUGACCCCAUUCUGGUGCUACCAGAACGAAGGACAAUGCCUUUAA